AUGAGGGUCAGUGAGUUGAUAUGCGGAAAUGGAAGAGAAUGGAAUCAAGAUAAACUUGCUAGGCUGUUCACCGAUGAAGUACGGAGCAGAAUUAACGAGCUCACCCCAGCAGGUAAAAACAGUAAAGAUACUUAUGCAUGGGAGUACACAAAAUCGGGGCAUUUCACUGUUAAAUCUGCCUACUGGGUACAAGUGAAUGUGUUAGCAGUGGAGCAGGAGGCGCAGAUGGUUUUGCAACCGAGUUUUGACGGCCUAUACCAAAAGAUCUGGAGCUCCAACACUAGCCCAAAGGUAAAACACUUCCUAUGGAGAUGUCUAAGUAACUCCCUCCCGGUGGCAGAGAAUAUGGCAUACUGCCACUUAGCCAAGGACAAGACAUGCGCUCGCUGUGGCGUGGGGGAGGAGAGUGUCAAUCAUUUAUUUUUCCAGUGUACUUAUGCUCGUCAACUGUGGGCUCUAGCGCAUAUACAUAUACCGCCUUCAGUGUACCCUAGGGAGGAAGUAGAUGAAGAAUUAGUAUCAUGGUUGAUGUGGAGAAUUUGGAAGAACAGAAAUGAGUUUAUCUUCAGGGGGGUAGAUUUCAAUGCUCCUGCAACAAUUAUGAAGGUCUGGGAUGAUGUACAAGAAUGGAAGAAUAGAGCAGAGGUGAAAAAUGAAGUGGUGAAAAAGCAAACGAUGGAAGGACCUGUGAAGAAAUGGCUCCCGCCGGCCCCAUCAUGGAUAAAAUGCAACACGGAUGGGUCCUAG